UGUAGCUGGCAUAGGAGUAGUUUCUUCAUUCAGAUGUUUUUACAUUUUUGAUGUCUCUGUCUCAGAUUUACUAGAUUUGUUUUCUCCCAUAUUUUUCCCAUGUUACAGGAAUCAAGAAGUACCAGACUACUGCAAGUGGCGGGUCUUGGCUGUUGUCUGUUCUAUCUAUUCCACAGUUAAGCUGCUAAAACCAGAAUGUACCUGGGAAAUCCCUGCCUGCUACAGAAGGCUAAAUACAAGAAUUUAGAAGAGAAGAGUAACUGGUUUGAAAUCUUUUCCAUUGUGAUACAGCUGGUCCUGCUGUGCCACUCUUCAGCACUCACUGACUGCAGCGUGAAACGUGUAUGACUUCUGAUAGCUUAGCACUACCCUGUGUGGUUUUUGACAGCAUCUGUAAACCAACAUCUGUUUUGCAACUGUUGAUGCUAUUCUUUGGCCUUGCGGUACUGUAGAGUCAAAUGCUGGUUCAUGUUUUCACAAAUCACUCUUCAAUGAUGACAGCAGGAAUUGCAUUUGGGAAAGAAUAGCUAGCUUUCUUCAAAAGUGUCUUCCAGCAUCACCUCCUGACUGUCUCAAUCUUGCAACAUUUAAGAAAAUGAAGUAAUUUCACAGACCACUUUGCUGUUGUUAUAAUUUUUGCUUUGUUUGCACUUCAGUAUUUUUUUUUAACUUGUGAGUUAGGCUGUAAAUAUCUUACAUAUUCUCUAGAGGUGUUGAGGGUUUUUUCCCCAAGACAGUAUUUUUAACAAAAAUGCUGUUUAAUAGAAAAAUACUUUUUUUGUUUUCUUUUUUGGUGGUUUGUUAGAAUAUUUUUUUAACAUUAAAAUGUUAUUUUUUCAUUGAACCUUUUUUUAUCAUUUCCUAAGCAUACUUGUGAAAAUAUCACUUAGUCCUAAUUUUGGUGUUGUCAUCUUUUAUUGCAUCACUUUAAAAGAAUUUUGGAGAUAUGUAAGGGAAUGAAGGUAAAUUGGUGAUAUUUUUCACAUGCUUCAUGCAAAAGGCCUUCCUGACCCAUUAUUGUUACUUUUCCUAUGUCUUCUGUGUAUAUAAAGAUGUGCAGAUAAUUGUGGCUCUGAAUUGUCUAAGGACCUCAGAUUGCAUUAUCUUGGAACAUAAUCUGUGCCAAAUGAUUGGGCAACUGUUUAAAUUGCUUGGAAAUUUUCUGAUGAAAUAGACUUUUGCUGAAAUACAUCACCAUGGUGAAACUGAAAUAUUUUGCAGAUAUGGACCAACUUUUUCCAAAGUUCUAAUGGAAUCUAAACAGAGCUGUUGCUUCUGGGCAAGUCUUUGAUUUGAUUACUUCUCUGGUAACUCACCUACUUGGCGUGUUACUGUGGUGUUGAGGCUUCUAUGUGAGUGUGGUGUUCAUUCAUUUUCUGACAGCAGCCCCAGAUUGUUUUUUUCCUGCAAUAAGUACAGCAAUUACUUCAUUCUGUUGUGAAGAACUUAGAAAUCACAAUUUUAAAAAUUCUUAUCAGGAUGAAAAGGGGAUAAUCAUCAUAUUAACAGCUAUCCACUUAGUCCCUUUGUGUCAUGCAAGCAGAUCAGGCCAGGACCAUUAUUCUUUCCUUACACAAAAGUUCAUGGGCUGAAUUGUGGAUACUGGGAGUGGUUUUCCAAGUGAAAACUGCAGAUGCUCUGAACAGAACCAAAACAAACUAUGGCUUGUCUUACAAUGACAAAUAUGGAAAGUACAGCAACUUCUACUGUCCACCAGAAUGGUGACAUCCGUGGAAAUAGCAGUGCACCCAAGCAGACAGAACCAUUGCUUCAAGUGUACCUUUAUCAUUCUCCUGGGAAGACAGAAGGAGAUUACCUUCAAUUUUCAGCUGGAGAAUACGUUGCAGAAGAGAUUUGUGCUGUUGCCUGUAAAGCCUGUGGUAUCAUGCCAGUAUAUCAUAACAUGUUUGCACUCAUGAGUGAAACAGACAGAAUGUGGUAUCCCCCAAAUCACAUCUUCCAUGUAGAUGAAACAACCAGACUCAUCUUAAUUUAUCGGAUAAGGUUUUAUUUUCCCCACUGGUAUUGCAGUGGCAGCAACAGAGCAUACCGGUAUGGCAUUCUUCGUGGCGCAGAAAGCCCCGUCCUUGACGAUCUUGUCAUGUCUUACCUAUUCGCACAGUGGCGAGCUGAUUUUUUGGAUGGAUGGGUACAGAUGCCUGUUACUCAUGAAACACAAGAAGAAUGCCUUGGAAUGGCUGUUCUAGAUAUGAUGAGAGUGGCCAAAGAAAAGGACCAAACCCCAAUGGCUAUUUACAAUUCAGUCAGCUACAAAAUGUUUUUACCUAAGUGUGUGCGAGCAAAAAUCCAAGACUACCACAUUUUGACCCGAAAAAGAAUAAGGUACAGGUUCCGCAAAUUUAUACAACAGUUUGGCCAAUGCAAAGCUACUGCCAGAAAUUUGAAACUUAAGUAUCUCAUAAAUCUGGAAACCCUUCAGCCUGCCUUCUAUUCAGAGGUUUUUGAAGUAAAAGAACCUGGUGGAGGUCCUUCUGGAGAGGAAAGUUUUGCAACCGUUGUAAUAACUGGAAAUGGUGGAAUUCAGUGUUCAAGAGGAAAACUUAAAGAUUGUGAGACACUUGGAGAGCAGGAUUUACAAACAUACUGUGAUUUUCCUGAUAUCAUUGAUGUCAGCAUUAAACAGGCGAGCCAAGAAGGCUCCAGUGAGAGAAGAAUUGUCACCAUUCACAAACAAGACAGCAAGAAUCUGGAGGCUGAAUUUCAGUCAUUAAGAGAAGCUCUCUCCUUUGUAUCAUUAAUUGAUGGAUAUUACAGAUUAACAGCGGAUGCCCAUCAUUAUCUCUGUAAAGAAGUAGCACCACCAUCAGUCCUUGAAAAUAUCCAAAGCAACUGUCAUGGACCAAUUUUCAUGGACUUUGCUAUCAGUAAACUGAAGAAGGCUGGUAAUCAGACUGGUUUCUACGUCCUUCGUUGCAGUCCUAAAGAUUUUAAAAAAUACUUCCUUACCUUUGCUAUAGAGCGUGACAGCACUACAGAGUAUAAGCACUGUUUAAUUACAAAGAAUGAGAACGGAGAAUAUAAUCUUAGUGGAACCAAGAGAAGUUUUAGUAAUCUUAAGGAUCUCUUGACCUGUUACCAGACAGAAACUGUCCGUUCAGACAGCAUAAUUUUCCAGUUCAUCAAAUGCUGUCCUCCAAAACCAAAAGAUAAAUCAAAUCUCCUAGUCUUCAGAAGCAAUAGCAUUUCUGAUGUACCUUCAUCACCUAUGCUACAGAGACACAAUAAUGUCAAUCAAAUGGUCUUUCACAAAAUCCGUAAUGAGGACUUGAUAUUCGAGGAAAGUCUUGGACAGGGCACAUUUACUAAGAUUUUCAAAGGUGUAAGGAAAGAAGUGGGAGACUAUGGCCAGCUCCAUCAAACUGAAGUUCUUUUAAAGGUGCUGGAUAAAGUGCACAGAAACUACUCUGAGUCCUUUUUUGAAGCAGCAAGUAUGAUGAGCCAGCUUUCUUACAAACAUUUGGUGUUAAAUUAUGGAGUCUGUGUUUGUGGAGAAGAGAACAUCCUUGUACAAGAAUAUGUAAAAUUUGGAUCCUUGGACACAUAUUUGAAAAAGAACAAAAACAAUAUCAAUAUUUUGUGGAAGCUGGAAGUAGCCAAACAGUUGGCAUUAGCCAUGCAUUUUCUGGAGGAUAAAGGCCUUGUUCAUGGGAAUGUCUGUGCAAAAAACAUCUUGCUUAUCAGAGAGGAAGACAGGAAGUCUGGAAACCUCCCCUUUAUAAAGCUGAGUGAUCCUGGCAUCAGUAUUACAGUUUUGCCAAGAGAUAUUCUUCUGGAGAGAAUACCCUGGGUUCCUCCUGAAUGUAUUGAGAAUCCCAAACAACUAAGCCUAGCUACAGACAAAUGGAGUUUUGGUACCACUUUGUGGGAAAUCUGCAGUGGAGGAGACAAACCCCUGAGUGCACUAGAUUCUUCAAGAAAACUACAGUUUUAUGAAGAUAGGCACCAGCUUCCUGCCCCCAACUGGACAGAACUUGCAAACCUCAUAAACAACUGCAUGGAUUAUGAGCCAGAUUUCAGGCCUUCUUUUAGAGCAAUUAUACGUGAUUUGAACAGUUUGUUCACUCCAGAUUAUGAGCUAUUGACAGAAAGUGAUAUGUUGCCAAAUAUGAGAAUUGGAGCACUUGGAUUUUCUGGCGCUUUUGAAGAUCGGGACCCAACACAAUUUGAAGAAAGACAUCUUAAGUUUUUACAGCAACUUGGCAAGGGAAACUUUGGCAGUGUUGAGAUGUGCCGGUAUGACCCGCUGCAGGAUAAUACUGGGGAGGUGGUUGCUGUGAAAAAGCUGCAACAUAGCACAGAAGAGCACCUUAGGGACUUCGAAAGAGAAAUUGAAAUACUUAAAUCACUGCAGCAUGAUAACAUCGUUAAAUACAAAGGAGUAUGCUACAGUGCAGGACGUAGGAAUCUAAGAUUAAUUAUGGAAUACUUACCAUAUGGAAGUUUACGAGAUUAUCUGCAGAAACACAAGGAGAGGCUGGACCACAAGAAGCUUUUACUGUAUGCAUCUCAGAUAUGCAAGGGCAUGGAGUAUCUGGGUACAAAAAGAUAUGUUCACCGGGAUUUGGCAACAAGAAAUAUCUUGGUGGAGAAUGAGAACAGAGUUAAAAUUGGAGAUUUUGGAUUGACAAAAGUCUUGCCACAAGACAAAGAAUACUACAAAGUGAAAGAACCUGGUGAAAGUCCUAUAUUUUGGUAUGCUCCAGAAUCUCUGACAGAAAGCAAAUUUUCUGUGGCCUCAGAUGUGUGGAGCUUUGGUGUAGUCUUAUAUGAACUCUUCACCUAUAUUGACAAAAGCAAAAGCCCACCAGCUGAAUUCAUGCGCAUGAUUGGCAAUGAUAAACAAGGGCAGAUGAUUGUAUUUCAUUUGAUAGAGCUUUUGAAGAAUAAUGGACGACUGCCGAGACCAGAUGGAUGCCCUGAUGAGAUUUAUGCUAUCAUGAAAGAAUGCUGGAACAAUAAUGUUGCCCAGCGCCCCACCUUUCGGGAUCUUUCUCAGCGAGUGGAUCAUAUAAGGGAAAGCAUGGGUGGAUAAGAAAACUGUCCCUUCUUCAGAGGAUGAGUUGGAAUGCAGAACAAAAAACCAAAAAACUUGGUCAGCUGUGUAUAUUUGACAUAUGUACAUGUGCACACAUCUUUGCUGGAAGUAAAAUCUUUGUGGCAAAUACCCUAUCUUAAUCUUCAUACUGAGGAAUCCUGCUAGGGCUUUUUUAUCAGGAUAUAUUUGUCACUAUGAGAACAUGUUGAAAUUCUCAAUAGGGAAAAAAAUUACUUUUCUAAAAUAAUGGGUGGUCAUUCAGCAACACGAUUAUUUGCCUUACUUGGCAGUACAAAAAAGAGGUGACUUAAAAUGUGAUGAAACUAAGAGAUAAAAAAACAUUGUAUUUCCAUGUUAAAGUGGAGAUGCCCAGAAAAGACUUCUAGAAAUACUUUUACACUGAGUAUAUAGUGACUUGGCACCUUGUUUUGUGUGUUGCACAAAGACUUUCGUCUGUUAAUACAGUUUCAUGAUUUUUUCAUUGUUGAUGCAGAACUGGCUUCUCUGUGUAACAAAACAGAAGUGGUUUGCUGUGCCUGUCUGAAUCAGUUAUCAGCCAGCAGUAUAUCCAAAGAGAUGUAGCUGUGUGAUGUACUGUAAGUAAUUUGAGGGAAAGGGAGCAAAUUGUGCUUUAUUGGGAGAGACAGAAAACUUAGUAAUCCACGCAAAAAUUUUAACUUAAAAAUGAAAAAGCAAAGAUGUUUUCCUUUUAUUCCUACUCCUUCAUUGAUGAGUAUUAGAUUGCCUUUAUAGAACUGAAGAUACUGUGGUAACACAUAGAAAUGAAUUCAUUUUACACAAGGUAGUGUCUUCAGUGUAAAUAAGAAAAAGCUAAGUAUACUGCUUUUAAAUGCUGCUCUUUUUUUCUUUCCCUCCUUGUAGUUUUUGUGCAGCCAUAAGUGAAUGAAUUGAAACUUUCAAAGCAGGAUUAAAAAUCUAGAAAAUUCCCUCACUUUCACAAUUUCUCACUUUGCUGUUAAGAUGAUUAUCUUAAUAUCUUCCUUCCAGCACAGAGCUCAGUAUCUGAUAUAGCCAGUCACAACCACUUCAAGCCUGUUCUGUAUUGAAGUGGCCCAAGCGUAUUUAUUUCUGUGGUAAUACCCAACAUGAGACUAUUUAGAAGGAGGAGUUACAAGUACAAUUGCUCCACAGUCAGCGGAGGGCAAGGACAUGAUUCCAGUUACUGAGAACUGGAAGGAGAUCAGAGCUACCUGAAUGCUGUAUAAUUCAGCUUUUGAAAUAAGUAACAAAAAUUUUUUGGACAAGAGAGUGCUUGGUUUUGCCUUGAGGCAUAAAACUUGGGGAUAAUCUCAUAUCUCAAAGCAGUAUAAUUGCAGGGUUUGUUUAUUUUUAGUUCAAAUAAUCUUGUUUGUUUGUUUGUUUGUUUUUACUUAAGCAUUAUUGUUUGCAAAGUAUAAUGCUUGUUCUUUUUGGACUUCUGCUGAGAGAAGUUCAGUUAAGGGGAUAUGGCAAACUGACCUGACAUCCAGACUUAUAUUUAAAAUGAAGUGUUCAUUUUUAAAAUUUGUGGCAGUGAGUGAAACAGAGGUUACUUUCACUGUGGAGCCUCCUUAAUAUUUUUGGUUAACUACAUCCAUUUUACCAGAAAUUUAAGAACCUCAACUUCUAAAAAAACUAAAAAAAACCAAACCAAAAAAAAAAAAAAAAAACAAACCACACAAAAAACCCUAAAAAAUCUUUUCUUAGUAUAAUAUAGUGCCAGUAUAACAGUAUUUUGUACCACUAUGAUGUUUCUCUCCCACAAUCACUCCUACAAAAUUACUAUUUUAUAGUACGAGAGAGUGCUAAAUAUGGAGAGCAGCAUCAACCUUCUCUUUGCCCAUUGCAUUUAAAACUAUUUCUGUUAGUGUUCUUGCCACCAAGCAUUUGCAUAGAUAAUUUUUCAAACCAAUUUCACAGUCAGUUUUUAAGCUGCAAAGAACUUUGAAGUGGUUUGUUCAACUUAACGUGUUUUCUCAAUUUCUAUACCUUGCUUUGAGGAUCUGAAAUUUUGUGCAAAAAAUGUCUUUGCAUUUGUAGUCUCAGUUACGUGUAUUGUGGCUUUUUUGUAACAAAGGAGAUAAAGCUUUAAAGUAUCAAGACAGCAUUUUAGCUGAAUAACAUAUGCAGGAAUUAUGUAACAUUUGCAGUGUACAACACUCAGUAGCUCACUGGUUUCAAAUACAUAGUAGACUAAACAUAAUUUAUGUAAAAAUCUCAGGGAAGUUUGUGUAAUGCAAUGAAGAAAUCUUCCAGUCUGCUAAUUUUUCAAAUGAAUUAAAGGUCUUUUUCUUGUUCUUACUGCAUUUUGAUUAAUUACAUAGUCUGUUUGAUUGCAUAAAUGUAGUGGUGAAUUCAAGGAUGAUUUUUAAGUGUCUUGUGGAGUGUUUUUGUUUGUUUUGGGGUUGUUAGUUUGUUGUUGUUUUUUUUUUUUUUUUACUUUAAUACUAUAUCAUUUUUAGAGAAAGCCAUAUCUUUACACCGCAGUGUAAUUGUGUGGUGUUGGUCAGAGGCAGUCUUUUUUAACAAACAGAGGCCUGUGUAGAGGGCUUGAGCAUUUGGGUUUAAUGUUCUUAGCUGGGAGAAUAGGACCAAGUAGUGCUUAGGACUCGGGAGAGGUAUAGUCAUCUGCAGUGUCAAUAUUUAGGUCCCAGAGCAGAUCUGGUGGCUUUCUCAAAAAGCUGUUGAGGAUGUAAAUGUAGUGAUUUUGCUGAAUUUGCUACUGCCAAUUGUGUAACCUUUAAAAAAAAAAAAACAAAACAACACCGCUAAAACCCACUGUAUUUUGUAUUUUGAAAGCUCUCAGAUCUACAGUAGCAUAGAUAAUGUCAUAUUUUUACAUGGCAUUUGUAUUAAUAGACUAAGUACUUUGUUUUAGAAAAUGUCUUCAGUUGGCAUUGCAUUUGUAAUACUUUAGUGUAAUCAUUAUGCUACCCAAAAUGCUGUUUGAUUUUGUUGAUAGAAGAGGUGCUGGUUUAUGUAUACAUGACUGCUACUACAGUGUAGAAUUAAAAUAUUAAUUACUGCUUUGCACUUACAUUGGAAGUGAAAGAAAUUUUUAAUAAGUGCACAAUGUAUCUUACAGAAUCUCUGCAAUCAAGAAUUGUGUUGUGUAUUGGUUCGUAGUCUAUCAGUAUAAAUAUGUUAAGUUUCAAAGUUAGUUUUUAAAUUUCAAAUAUUCCACACAGUAUUCCACAAACUUGCAACAGUCAUGUAGUAAGUCAGAGGAGAAAUUAAUUUUCAGGAAAAGAAACACAUGUUCUUGUCAAGUCCUAGUACUGGUUAAAAGCUCCCAUAGUUGAGAUAAUUGUUGUUAAAUGUGCUGAUGAAUGCAACUGUGAAAAUAUAUGUAAGAAUUACAUUUUUCCCUCAAAAUUAAAUUUUUAGUUGUUGCAUUUAGUUGAUAUGUUGACCAGGUGCCCUGAAAUGUAUGGGAAAAUAUGUUACUGCAUUAAGUAUGAAGAAAUGUAACUCUUGUGUAAAGAAAGCAAGCUUUUCAGGAAUGUAGGAUCACAAACACCUAGAGGUUAGAGUUCUGAGAGCAAAAGUAGAGGUGUAGAAGAACAAGACUAAAGGAAGAAGGAUGAUGUUCAGCAUGGGAGAAGCUUUCUGGAAUGUGAAAUGCACAAUGAAUUAUGAAAACCUGAUGUCUACUGAAAAUACCAUAUCAUGACAAGUAUGUGCUAAUAUAUUUCUAAACUGUGUAUUGUCUGCCUUAAGUCUGAAAUAUUCACAGACACCUAACCUGGCUGAAAAAAUUUCAGUAAUUACUAUACCAAAAUAAACUACUAAAUGUUUUGCCAUGCCAGACAACAAUUCUGAAAAGGUGUUUGACUAAGAAGUUUUGUUCUGAAUUUUUCUUUUUGAAUAAGAGAUUUACAGUACUUUAUAUUAAAGUAGAAAAAGUCCCUAGAUGAUAAGGAGCAGGGAGGAAAAGAUACCUGCCACUUAUGAUUGAAAUGUAAACAUUUAAACACAUGGUUCAGUGAAGAGAACAUGAAAGGGAUAUUUUUAGAAAACUGUAUAUCCAUACCUGAAACUUAACUGUGUGUUUCUUUUUGCAUUUGGAUAGUGAAAAUAAACUGAAUACAAUGGAA